AUUUGCAAUAAAUUUAUCAUCGUCUGCUGUCGUUUCUUUUGUCUGCCUUUUGUGUUUGUUCCCAAAAUGGCCGCUAACAUCUUCUCUGCUACUGUUUUUGCAGCAAAAAUUGAUUCCUGUGUGCUUUUAAACUCAGUACAGCAAUUGAAUUUUGCGUGAAGCUCGCAAUUCCCAAUAUAACAAUUAGCAUAAAAUAUAUGACUAUUUCCAGCAGCUUCUGUCAACAGGGCUAUUAAGGACUUAAUUAUGAAGACAGCAAGCAUGUCUGAAGGACUUCAUGUGUGUUUCUUUAUGAGUGGACUUUGCAAUUUGAUAGAGGUUUUAUCAUUGUUCAUUGUGUUUUAAGAACAACGUUGAUUUUCACCUUUAAACGCUUCUAGUACACAAUUAUGUCUUCGACAUCGGCGGCCAGCGGAAGUGGGGGCAGCGGUAGAGAUGCUGGGCGUAGUGGACGUAGUGGUGGUGGACAUAAUACUGGCAUUGGCAAUAGCGCUUCGGGCAGUUCAAGUGCCAGUAGUGUCUCAAAUGAAGAGGCACGUCGAGACUCAAAACCAAAUCCUAAAAUAUCGAAGGCACUAGGUACAUCAGCUAAGCGUAUACAAAAAGAGCUUGCCGAAAUCACACUUGAUCCGCCACCAAAUUGCAGCGCGGGCCCUAAAGGCGAUAAUUUAUAUGAAUGGGUGUCCACCAUUUUAGGACCACCCGGAUCAGUAUACGAAGGAGGCGUAUUUUUCUUGGACAUUCACUUUUCACCCGAAUAUCCAUUCAAGCCACCGAAAGUUACAUUUAGGACACGCAUAUAUCAUUGCAAUAUAAAUAGCCAAGGUGUUAUAUGUUUAGAUAUACUCAAAGAUAAUUGGUCACCAGCUUUGACUAUAUCGAAGGUCUUGCUAUCCAUUUGUUCCCUGCUGACUGAUUGCAAUCCUGCCGAUCCUCUUGUUGGCAGCAUCGCCACACAGUAUCUACAAAAUAGAGAGGAACAUGAUAGAAUCGCCAGACUUUGGACUAAGAGAUAUGCAACAUGAUUUCUCUACUUAAGAAUCAACUAAUUCACGAAUAUUUGCAACAUAAUUGCAAAUAUAAAAAUUAUUAUUAAAUAAAGCGUAAUAUAAAAAAAAAACAUUUAAAAAACAAAA